GAGUCAUUGUAGACGUAGAUGAAAUAAGUAUAUGGUCAUAUCAUUACCAACAUUCCUCAUCUCCCUCAUAAUAUCAAUCUCCUACCACAGUCCCUGAUAAUGAUACAAUAAAUGAUUGAGCAUUUCCAUGGACCCUGUUAACGAACGCUCCCACCGCAGCCACAUACUUGCUUCUCUUGCAUUUAUUUUCCCUUUUGAGCUGACCCCAGUUUCAAAUCACACAUGAAAUCCAUCAGAGAAAGAGAAAAACAGAGAUCAAAACAGGAGAUACAGCUAGUCAGAGAGACAGAGAGCAACCAUGAACUUGAAGUCUCUUACUGGAAUACAAAAUCCCGAGACUAAUUUGGACAGAGCCGAGCAGGUUCACGACCAGAGGAUAGUGAUUCCAAACCAAUUCAUCACCGGAGAAGAUUGCAUCAACAGGAAAGAUCAAGCAUGGUUUAUUACCACUCAGUUCCCAACAGAUUUGAUAGUUCAAGUUCAAGACAUCACCUUCAAUGUUCACAAGUACACAUUGAUUUCGAAAUGUGGCUACAUAGGCCGAAUGGAACUUCAAUCCUCAACCUCCACUCAGGGUUACGACCUAAAGCUUGAAAACUUCCCAGGUGGAUCAGAAACAUUUGAAAUGGUUAUCAAAUACUGUUAUGGUUUCCCAGUAGACCUGAACUCGAGCAAUGUAGCGUCAUUAAGAUGUGCAUCAGAGUUUUUGGAGAUGACAGAAGAAUUUGAAGAUGAAAAUCUAAUCUACAAGACGGAGUCCUUCCUCACAUUUGUAGUCCUUCCAUCAUGGAAAGAAUCACUAACUGUUCUCAGAACUUGUCAGAGUCUCUCUCCAUGGGCUGAGAAUCUUCAAAUUGUGAGACGGUGCUGUGACUCAAUAGCCCGGAAACUCUCUAGAGAGAACAUAACAGGAGAUACAGACUGUGAAGAUGGGUGGUGGUUAAAUGAUUUAACAACACUUCGGAUAGACUACUUCACAAGAAUUAUAACUGCAGUAAGGGCCAAGGGUGUAAAGCCAGAGAUUAUAGGUCAAAGCAUUGAGCACUAUGCAAGGAAGUGGGCGCCAGGCAUUGGAAUGGAACCAGGACUAGAAAAAUAUACACAGGACAAAAAUGUCCUGCAAGUAAGUAUUGUGAGUGGUAGGAAAGAUGAACUCGGAAUCGAAUACAACGAGGAACACAAAGCUAUUAUUGAAAGCUUACUAAGCAUACUACCUCCUCAAAGAGAAGCAGUUUCGUGCAAGUUCUUAUUGCAGAUGCUAAAGAUGGCAAGGGUGUGUUGUGCAUCAGCAGCUUUGAUUUCGGAACUAGAGAAAAGAAUAGGAAUGGUGUUGGAGGAUGCCAAUGUGAUUGAUAUUCUAAUUCCUAACCAAACAAAUAAUGAACAUGGAAACUUGCCAAAUACACAAGAAGAACGCACUAUGCAUGACAUAGAAGUAGUGCAAAGGCUCCUAGAGUAUUACUCACUGUUUGAACAGCAACAGCAGCAACAUAGAAAUGGGAACUCUAAUGUGUGUAAACUCAUAGACAAUUACUUAGCUGAACUUGCGAGAGAUCCAAACUUCUCCAUCACCAAGUUUCAAACAUUAGCCAAAUCAUUGUCAGAAAAUGCAAGGCGUUGUCAUGAUGGAUUAUACAGAGCCAUUGACACCUACCUCAAGACCCGUCCUUUAUUAUCUGAGCAUGAUCGGAGAAGGCUAUGCAAAAUCAUGAAUUGUGAGAAACUUUCGCUUGAUGCGGGUGUGCAUGCUGCACAAAAUGAUCGACUGCCUCUAAGAACUAUAGUUCAGGUUCUGUUUUCAGAGCAAGUGAAGAUGAGGUCAGCAAUGCAAGAGAAGGAGAAAGCACCUAUCAGUGAUAAUUCAGUUGAGGAUGGAAACCCUUUAUCAACAGACAGAGAGAUUAAAAACCUCAAGGAAGAACUUCAGAGCGUGAAGACACAGAUGGCAGAGUUGCAACGUGACUACUCAGAGCUGCAACAAGAGUAUGAAAAACUAAGCAACAAGCAGAAAAAUGUAGCAGGUUGGGUAUUUGGUUGGAAGAAGAUAAAGAAUUCUUUCCACAUAAGAGUUGAUGGAGAUGAACCUGCCCAGCGUAGAUCCAGCAGGCUUAGUUCUCGAGUGAGCUUAAGAGAUAGAUUAUCAAUGACCUGAAGCCUUGGAAUAAGAGAAUCCUCUAAAAGCUAAAUAGUUCAAAGAAGUUGCUAUUCCACGUUUUUAA